UCAGGAACAUCAGGUAAAUCAGCAGUUAAAUUUGAUGAUGCAAAUGUUUGUAAAAGUUUUCUACUUGGUUGUUGUCCACAUGACUUGUUGUCUAGCACAAGAAUGGAUAUAGGAGAAUGUCACAAAAUGCACGAUGUGGCUCUAAGAGCAGAUUAUGAAAUUGCUGCUAAAACAAAAGACUAUUUUUAUGAUGUCGAUGCAAUGGAACACCUAGAAAGAUUUUUGAAUGAUUGCGAUAUCAGAGUAGAACAAGCUAAGCGAAGAUUGAGAGAAACUCAAGAAGAACUAUCGGAAGAAGCAGCCGUGAAGGCAAACAAGAUUCAUGAUAUUGCUGAACAAAUUGGUACAAAGCUUGCUAAAGCGGAAAAAUUCGGAGAACAAGGUGAUGUAGAUGAAUCGCUGAAACUUAUGGCCGAAGUGGAAGAAUUAAAAAAGCAAAAAUUAUCUGCUGAGCUAGAAUAUAGAACAAGCUUACCAUCUUCUAGUUACCAACAGCAAAAGUUGAGAGUCUGUGAAGUUUGUAGUGCUUUUCUGGGCAUUUAUGAUAAUGACAGACGGUUAGCUGAUCAUUUCGGUGGCAAAUUACACGUUGGAUUCAUCAUAUUACGGCAGAAACUUGAAGAACUUAGGGUUUAA